AUGUUUGGUAUUAUACAAAACAAUUUUUUUCCAAGACUGACCGUACGAUCACAUCGUAUCUGUUAUAUCUUUUUGUUGAUAUUAUUUGUAUUUGUGAACAUUUCCUAUAGAUCGGAUGAGUUCGUCGAUAAACAAUCAGCUGCAUGCGCUGAGCUUUGUCCUUAUUCUAGUAUACUAAAGCGCAACUCAAUUGAAUUCAAUGUCACACAUACUAUUCGGCACUAUCCAGAUUUCGUCUGUCCACAAAAUUUUCGUAACCUCGCCGAUUGGAUAUUUGGUUGGCCUAAUCAAUUUGAAGAGCACCUCGACAUAACCACCGAUGAUGGAAAACGUAUUGCACCAUGCCUACCUAGUGGUAGUAUUAUUUAUGUUCGCAUAUGGGCAAUCGAUGAAUUUUUCCGUAUCAUUUAUCCUCAUUUACAAAAUCAUUUUGUGUUGAUUACUGGUGAAGGUGAUAUUUCAUCACCAAAUGAUCUGCAAUAUCUUGAACGCUCUGAUUCAAAAAUUAUUCACUGGUUUGGUCAAAACGGGCAAUAUGACGUUUCACGAAUUAAAAAAUUUACUCAUAUACCCAUUGGUAAGUCAGAGCUAGGACAAGUACAAGUACCGCAAGAAUAUGUACCAAGUAUUCUUCCUCAAGUACAAGUAAAAGUACCAAGUACUCUUCCUAAAGUACAAGUACAAGCACCAGGUAUUCUUCUACAAGUACAAGUACCAAGUACUCUUCCUCAAGUACAAGUACAAGUACCGAGUACAUCUUCGAAAUACUUGUACUUGUACUUUCUACUUGAAGAAGUACAGAAAGUACAAGUACAAAUACUUGCGUCCUAG